GCCGACCCGUGUGAUGGCGAGCGGCGAUCCGAGCAGCGCGCCGCGGUAGUUGACGCCGGCGAGAAGCGCGCACCCAGCGAACUAGCGCCGACCCUCUCGCUGCACUCGGUGGCUGGAUUGUCCUCCCUGGGCACUCUCCGCUGCAAGGCUCAAGUCGAAGAGCAGCUGGCCGUUGAGGAGACACCAGCCGCAACCGCCAUGACCGUCACCGUGACAGAACCGCAACAUCCUGGACGGGAUGAACAGAAGGCACCAUCAACCACUGUCAUUAUCCCAUUGACAAAGAUAGCUGUCGCAGUACGAAAGGUUGUCUCGGACCCAAUCCUGCCAUCACCACCAACGCCAGCCACCUCCGCUGAAUCCCCAAAAGUAGCAAUUCUCUCGGUCAGGAAUGAAGAGGUGAGAGAUGAGGAGCCUGCAGCAGAUUUGGAAUUGGAGGAGGUAAACUCCAGAACAACUCCAAUUGAUGGCUGGAAAUUCAAGAAGAAAAGACAAAGGCGGGAGCCGCUGAAGGAGGUAACGCUAGAGCAGAAUUGCAGGGAUCCUUCGCUCAUGAUUGCAGAGGCGAUCAGCAGCUGCGAGAUCCGCUCGAUGUGGGCUGAGCCCAACACCAGCAACAAUCAACGAAGAGAAGCAGCAGGGGAGCAAGCUCGCCAGGUCUUCGUCAGUCGCGCGAAUUGCGCUAACGGCGCAGCGAGCCACUCUCUUCGAGGCGACGUCGAGCGAGAAGCUGGGGCCGAAGUCGACCGCCGCGACAGCCUCCUCCGGACGAGUUUCUUGGCGCCGCAGGAGCAGACGACGAUGAGGGAUCGCCGGGGUGGCUCGCCGGCAGCUCCGGUCACGACAACGAGGCCCAGGCAGGCGGAAUCCGGGACCAGCGCGGCGGGGAUGAUCAUGCGGCUGCUGGCGACAUCGGAUUUCGCGUCGCACGGCGGGGAGAGGCAACCUCGAAGGCCGGAAGCCGGUUCGACUCCUCACCGCUGGCUGAGUUGUUUGUCGCCGGGAAUGCAACUUGUGGAGAGGACACAAUGGACAUCGGCGGCCUCGUUGGUGGCGUCGUCCAUCGAUGAGGUGAAGCCGGGAAUGGAAGAAGCCGACUCAACUCCUAGCCGCCCGUUGAGAGGUUUGACGAGGGGAAAAGAGAUGAAGUCGGAGCGUUCGACGAAGAAGAGGACGGCGGCUUCUCUCACGGGGAACGUCAAGGAGAAGAAGCCAGGACCGAGCGGGGCUCGUUGCCGCCAGGUGCGUUGUUCGUUACCGGAGAAGAAGGCUAAGGAUGGUUCGCCGACGGAGGGCGAAAGGAAGAAGAAAACUCCGCUCCUGGAAGACGAGACGAGGAAAGACGGCGGGGGCGUCAGUUCUCUCUCCAACCCUCGAUCGGCCACCUUGGGCCGUACUGAGCAGCAAAGGAAAGCUUGGUUGGGCCGAAAAAUCUGGGCUGGGUGGCCCGAGACACAAAGUGAGGCAGGCCGAACAGAUCUGGAGCAAGGGUGGACAAUCGUUGGGCUCGGAUCGGACCUAUUGGUUCACUCGAACGGGCCACAUCAUGAGAAUAAUCGGAUUGAGCCAAAACUAAGUCUUGGGCCGAACAACAAGGGAACCCACUGGGUUCAAAAGAAGACUGGGUUGAGAUGUCAGAGCGGGCCUGGGCCUCCAAUAGGCUUUGUUUUAAAGUGGGUGAGCUUGGAGAAAAAGAAAGCAUCUUGGAAUUCCUUAAGUGGCUGGAGCGGGAUGCCAACAAUAGAGGAGCUGCUGAGGGAACCCGUGAGGUUGGACCAUCGUUGUCGGCAGAGAGUUCACGGGAUUGUGGUUGAGCCAAGCCCAGCUGGAACUUCGAGCCUUUGUUGUCGGAGGUAG